AUGUAUUCUGAUAAUGGCACUACCGUAGUAGGUGCUGCAAACGAACUUAUAGAAAUCUAUGAGUUUCUCAAGACUCAGGAGACUUGCAUCGCUACCAGAUUGGUCGCACAAAAUAUAAAGUGGCACUUUAUACCUCCCCGAUCACCACACUUCGGAGGGCUUUGGGAAGCUGCCGUUAAAAGUGUCAAACGGCAUCUACGAAUCACUAUGAAGAAUUUGAUUUAUACUUUUGAAAAAUAUUAUACUUUACUGGUCGAAAUAGAAGGCAUUCUGAAUAGCAGGCCACUGACAGCCCUGUCGUCAGAUCCCAACGACCUAACACCACUUACACCAGCCCAUUUCUUUAAUAAGGGAGAAGUCUUAAUAAUGCCCGUUGAAAAAGAUCUAUCGAAUAUCAAGGAUACUCAUUUAUCUCGAUGGCAGCAUAUCCAAAAGUUACGCCAGCAUUACUGGCAGCGCUGGCAUAAGGAGUACUUACAGCAACUACAAGUCAGAACCAAAUGGAAAGAAGGUGAUGAAGCGGUACAAGUCGGAGACUUGGUUCUGUUAAUCGAAGACAAUCUACCGCCGAUGCAGUGGAAGUUAGGACGAAUAGAAGCGCUGCAUCCUGGAGAGGACGGAGUUAUAAGAGUAGCAACUAUUCGAACGUCAACAGGAAGUUUCAAGCGUGCCGUUAAGAAGAUAUGUGCACUUCCUUAUAAAAACUAG